ACAUAAAUAGGAGGAUUGCUUUCGUCAAAGCGUGCUAUAAAAUGAUAUAAAAACUCUUGAAAUUGAUGAACGGUUCGGUAAUUAUUAUUCGAAAAGUUUCUAGCAAAGAUUUCGUAAAGAUCUAUCUAACCAUGUCCUAUUCGAAUGAAGAAGCAUAUGAUAUGCUGUUAAUUUUGGGUGAGUGUCGAGGUACGUUCAGUGGAGCUGAAAGAUUAUGGCGAGAGCGUUAUCCUGAUCGGACUCCUCACUCGCGGAACGUUUUUUCACGUUUGGCUAAGAGAAUCAGAACUAAAGGUGUCAUUCAGCCUGAACAUAACAAAAGUAGACAGAUCCACCGUCCAAUUAGGGAUGAAAAAACAGCGGAAAUUCUUGCAUUGGUAGAGUUGAACCCUCAUGAUUCCUUGAGACGUCGAGAAAGAGAUUCUGGCGUUAGUCGUGACAUUAUUUGGCGCAUUAUGAGAGCAAACAAGUUUCACCCUUACAGAAUGUCUGUUCACCAAGCGUUGAAGUAUGAUGAUUUUCAACAGAGACUUGCAUUUUGCAAUUGGAUAAGACAGCAACCACCUGAUUUUCACCUUAAAAUUUUAUUUUCUGACGAAUGUACAUUUAAAAGUGACGGAUCUAAUAAUACUUGGAACUGUCGUUAUUGGUCACAAGUUAAUCCCACUGGUUGAGAGAAAUAGAUCAUCAACAUGUGUGGAAAGUUAAUGUUUGGUGUGGCAUUAUUGGAAGUCAGAUCGUAGGUCCUAUUUUCUUUGAAGAAAAUCUAAACGCUGAUAGAUAUUCAGCUUUGAUAGAGACAGA